CCAGAACCUCAAGAAAUGAAAAAUCUCGAGUACUCUCUGGCCAAAACUGCAAAUAAACCACGGACAGAAGCAGCGUAACGUAGCUCCACUAACAUGUCCUUAGCAUCAUUCCAGCAAAGCUUCCUCACCAACGCCCUCACCCCAUUAAUCCUAAAGCCCAAAACAAGAUUGGCAGUCUCCACCAUCUCAUGUAGGCUCUCUCAAGAUGACCAUAAUGAUUCUUGCAGGUCAAAGAGUGAGAACAAACUGGCAAAGCUAGCAAUUGUGACACUGGCAGCUGGGGUGCUUGCACUUGGGUCUGUUGAUGAUGCAUCAGCUGCUAAAUCUGGUGGUAGAGUCGGUGGACAAGCAUUCAGAUCAUCAGCUCCUAGGUCAUCACCUAGAAUCAAUAGUAACUCAAGGACCAACAUAUAUGUGAAUCCGCCAGUUGCACCACCUUUAGUUGGUGGAUAUGGGUACGGGUAUGGCGUUCCAUUCUAUGGUGGCUGGGGCUGGUCGCCAUUUUCAUUCUUUGCACCAGGUCCUAGUGUUGCCAUUGUUGGUGGUGGAUUUGAAACCUUGGCACUUUUUAUGUUUCUUGGUGCUGUUGCUGCUGUGAUCAGGAGAUUCAUUGGAUCAAGAAAUGAAGAUGACUACGAGUGAUCAGAAUAUUCACUGGAUCAAGAAAUGAAGACAACUACAAGCGAUCAGAAAAACUUUAUGAUGUUUUGAUAAAAGAAAUAGAAAUGUACAAUAUUUUAAGUGACAUUAAGCAGGCCGUUAUUGUAAUUCAGAAGAUUUCUAUGACAUACCAUGUGAUAUAAGGAUGCCAAGAGACAGACUUUCAUCA